GGACAAGAUCUGGGGGAUUUUGGAGAGUUGGAGAGACACAUUCUAGGGUUUGGCGGAUAGAAGCUCGGGAUUUGUUGUAGUGAUAAUGAUACCUAGUCAAAAGUCUGGAGCAGCGUCAUGUCUUUUCUUGGCUGCGUUGUUGAGCGUCAAGAGCAAGCUGCAAGACUCAUCACUGCGCUGGAUGAGUCAUCCUUUGAUUUACCUGCCAGGCAACCACAUCGAUUUAUGCUUAACUGGGAGCCUGGGCAGCCAGACGAAGCCACUGGCGAAUCAAAGGUCAAGAAUGCGAGAAAUAUCUAUGAAAGAGGGAGAGAUGAAGUUGAAAGAGCAAAAUGCGAGAGGGCGCGUUACAAAGCAGGUGACGUGCAGUAGGUAGGUACCUUAUGAGAGGUCGCACAACUGCUGGAAGGUGCGACCAACGGCGCCGAAUGCCUUGGAUUGUCCUUGCUGAUUGGCUUGUGACUGCUCCAGUCCGCGCUUUUUAGGGUGCUUGUUCGCCGGAAAGCUGCCGUAAUGCAUCAUUAGGUUUGGUGCCUCCAGACUUCCCGGCCAUGG